GAGGAGCUGGCACCACACAAAAAUGCACCAUUUCACCAGCUUCCGUGCAUUAAUCGAGUAAACCAAUUUUUUUUUUUGUUAAAACUAACCUGGAACAUGUUCCACUGUUAGUGUGAUCCAUGCAUUAUUGGAUCUUCUCGGCCUUGGUUGGGCGAACAAACGCGAGGAGCACCAAUGUCGCCAAAUAUGAUGGCAUCUCUGUGGUAGGAUGAGAAGUCCAGUGCCGCGCUUCAGGGACGUCGAGAGGCAGGCUGGCGGCCUGCAGCCUGUACAGUGUCUUCCUCCCUGUCAUGAGCGACAAAACAACAUGUGGUUCAUCAGAGAUGCCUGCGGCAUCGUUUGUGCGAUCAUCACCUGGUUUCUUGUCUUCUUUGCUGAGUUCGUCGUGUUGUUCGUCAUGCUGAUUCCAUCGAAGAACCUCACCUACAGCCUGGUGAACGGCACCUUGUUCAACAGCCUGGCCUUCCUCGCCUUGGCGUCUCAUUUCAGAGCCAUGUGCACAGACCCGGGAGCCGUGCCAAAGGGCAACGCCACUAAGGAGUACAUCGAGAGCUUGCAGCUGAAGCCAGGCCAGGUUGUUUACAAAUGUCCCAAGUGCUGCAGCAUUAAACCGGAUAGAGCUCACCACUGCAGUGUUUGCAAGCGCUGUAUACGUAAGAUGGAUCAUCAUUGCCCUUGGGUAAACAAUUGUGUCGGGGAAAAUAACCAGAAGUACUUUGUGCUUUUCACAAUGUACAUUUGCCUAAUCUCUCUGCAUGCCUUGGUAAUGGUGGUCUUUCAUUUUCUCUACUGCUUUGAAGAUGACUGGACAAAGUGCAGUUCCUUCUCCCCUCCAGCCACUGUCAUCCUCCUCAUCCUUUUGUGCUUUGAGGGCCUCCUCUUCCUCAUCUUUACCUCUGUGAUGUUUGGCACCCAAGUCCAUUCCAUCUGCACAGAUGAGACGGGCAUUGAAAAGUUAAAGCGUGAAGACCCUACAUGGGAGAAGACUACAUCCUGGGAAGCUAUGAAGUCGGCAUUCGGAGGUCCUCUUUCUGUGGCCUGGUUGAGCCCUUUCACAGAUCUCUCGUGCCAGAAAGAUGCUUUGGAUCCUGUUCCAAUGUUCCCACAGGGUGAGAUCAUUGAGGAGGAUGUGAUUGAAAUUCCUUUGGAGCCUUAUUAGAUGACAAGGUGUUUGCUGCUUAAAUCCUGAUGACUGAAAUGGCACAUUUCCUGCCUUGGACUGGCAAAGAGACUACUGUGAAUAUUUGAAUUUGGAUUGUUGUUUUGUUUUUUUACCUAUGGAAACAGCAUUUUUGUACUGUACCAAAGUGCCUUGAAACAGUAUUUGCAACCAAAAAUACAUCUCACUAUUCUAAAGAGAACCUUGUGUCAUGCAUAGAGAUGUGACUUUGUCAGGAGCUCAUUAUACAAGCUGUUCCUGGAGCAGUGAUGUUUACACACCUGGGCAAAAAAAUGGGCCAAGUCCAAAAUGGCUAAACACAAAGCUUUCAGUUGUUUUAACCACAAAUUAUUGGUCUGGAAAUUGGUGAAAUUUAAGCAAAUGAACUACUUAAAAAGUCAACGCUGUCUCAGAAAAACAUCAAAGGCAGAAUGAAGUUUUUGGCAGAAUACGGGAAGUUGCGUGUGGAGUGAUGAAUCACAACGAGACACGAGUUGUGGUGAUGCUCCAGAGCGGUGUCUUUGAAAAUCUGCCGAGAAAUCUAAUAAUAAAUGCAUCUCUACCACAGUGAAGCACUGAGAAAGAGGUGUCAUUGUUAGCUGCUGGCAUUGGUGAACUACUUUAAUGUGAAAAGAAUGCUUUGGAGUACAGGAGAAUAUUGCAGAAUGGCUUGCUUCCACAAAUUAAAAGUAAUUAUCUAAAGAGGAAUGAUCAGAUGUUAUUUUUUCCCAAAUUGGAAAGACAACCAAUACGUGGCCUGAGAACAAGUCCAUCAGACUCAUAUUUUGGCCUGAUCAAAGUCCAGAUUUGAACCAUAUAGUGAAUAUUUAGUCUCACAUUAGACUCAAACAAACUGGGGGACAUUUUUCAACUACAUGAACUGUUUGAAGCCAUUAACAUUGAGUGGAACAACACUGACUCUCCUUUUAAAAAGCUUUCUACAAUUUGGGGAAGGCUAUUCUGUGCUAAGUUAUUUUAUCUACAGCAUUUGUGCAAUUCUUGCUUUUCCUGACCAGUGAUUUGUGAUUAAAAUUGUUAAGGCCAUUAAAUGACCACUAAAUAUUUUGCCACUUUUGGCUUGAACCAUUUUUUGCCCAGGAGUUUAAAGUUUUAGUUUAUAAAAUAUUGUAUUAAGUAACUGGAAGAGAACUUUUUCCUCUAGGACCUUUUUAAAGGGAUAGUUCACCCAAAAAUGAAAAUUUUAUGUUUAUCUGCUUACCCCAAGCACAUCCAAGAUGUAGGUGACUUU